AUCACUCUCAGAUGUGAGAUUCAGGGAGGUGAAGGAAAGGUGUGGAAAUAUGAAUGGACAGCACCCAACACAAACAGCCCUCCAACAUCCAGUGAAUACAGGAUCAGCAGAGUUUCAGUGUCCCACAGUGGAGACUACAGAUGUCGGGGUAGCAGUGACUAUCUCUUAACAGGAUGGAGUGAUGCCUUCAGACUGACAGUUUCAUUUCCCAGUAAGCCCACUGUGACCCUGCAGCCAUCCUGGACUCAGAUAUACAGCGGUGAGACAGUCACUGUCAGAUGUGAGAUUCAGGGAGGUGAAGGAGCUCAGUGGACGUAUGAAUGGAGAGCAGCCAAGUUAAACACACCUCCAACAUCCAAUGAAUACAGAAUCAUCAGAGCUACUGAGUCUGACAGUGGAGGAUACAGCUGCCGGGGCAGAAGGGACUAUUUCUUCUCAGAGUGGAGUGAUAUCAUCACACUGACUGUAUCAUAUAAACCCCGUCCUGUCCUCACUGUGUCUCCAUCAUGGCUGAGUCCUGGA